UGCGCCACUUGCCACUACACCACGUCAAAAGGAACUGGACGAAUUAAAUUUUUGAAAAAUUCACUUUACUGCGUUUUUUGUAGAUUUUUGACUCCAUGUUGUUACAUGCUGCUCUUCCUCAUUGUGUUGGCUGUGAUCGUUGGUAUUAUCGCCGCGAUCGUUCUUUCACAAGUGCUGAAACCUCCUAAGAUACGACUACACAUGCUAGGUGCCAUGCCCUUCAAAGGAAACUACAUCAGUUACUACGAUUUCAAGACGAAUCGUGUCGCAGUCAUUGAUGAGACUCUUAAAAGCAACAGUAAGAUGUGUUUCGUGAUGCCACUCGAUCGCUCGAAUUUACGCGAUGCAGACACGAUGCGGCGCGCUGCUGGAAGAGCAUCGCAUAAAACUUCACAAACCCAGGGAUGGGAAGAGAGCUGGCAAUACCUACCAGCACCAAUGACCAUGAACGCUCAACAGUUGUUCAAUCCACCAAUUGCCGAGUGUGAAGGAGCGCGAUGGAUUCAACUGGAUUACGUGGGCAGCAAUCAAAAGAAUAGGAAAUGCUCUGAUUGCUACGACUUCUGUUUGCCCGACUACGGUAUUGAGAGAGAUGUAGUACGAGGUGACGAACUGCUUAAUAUAGUCAGACGGGUCUGCUUCUAUUUGUUCGUACCCGAAUGGAGGACAUACGCUCAGGCUAAUACGAUCGAACAGAAUCAACGCGAUUUUGAGACCUACUACCGUAAUCGAAACCAUCUAGCGACAGCCUACGGUAGCACGGAUGUUAGCGACACCAAAUGGAUUCAACUUCAGAAACUGCCUCGUAAAAACACAUUUCAGGAUACAGUGGAGGGUGUACGACGAGGAGUAUAUGGCCAGAAUAGGCCGGACCUGAGCUAUCAACAGCAGAACUAUCAAAAUGGGAACGGAUACAACGGGCAGAUGCAGUAA